ACAGUUGAUCCUGUGUAUGAGUUGCUUGGUCCGGUAGUCAACUUCUAAUGUGUGGUUUACAUGCUUUUAAAAAGGGCUACUGAACUUCCAAAUUUUAUAUAUAGUUUUUCCUAAUGAAUCAAGCCCUUAAUUUGUUUUUUCUCUUUGAUCUUCCUCAACUUAUUUGGACCUAGGAUUUUGUUUACUCCUCAAGUCAUGCUAUUAUUCUGAAAAUGUGUUAAUUUCUUCAAUAUAGGAACAUAGCUCAGCUAACCAAGGUCGAAGUUAUGAAGAAACCAGGCCAAUGGGAGGUCCUUAGCAUACCUCCCUGGUGAGAAGACACACUCUCUCUCUCUCUCUCUCUCUCUCUCUCUCUCUCUCUCUCUUUCUCUCUACCUAUCUAUCUAUCUAUCUAUCUCUUAUGAGCCAACUUUCUUUCUUAUUAUGGUAUUCAACAUUCAAAAUGAAGCAAAAUUUAUUAAUUAAUGAGAAAAAAGAUAUAGAAACAAAAAGAAGUAGAACACCUUUUUGAAGUAUUCCAUGUAAAAGAAUAUUCACAUUUCUACCACUGGAUUCCUUGUGCAAAUGUCUCUUGAUAUCAUAACAUGAAUAUUGAAUUUGAAAUAAAUUGCUCUUUAUUUGAUUGUAUGCUGUUUUUCCCUUUUCUCUCUUUCUAAUUUCUUUUAAGAUGACUAGAUGAUUGAGUAUUGGAUCAAUAGUAAAGAGUGCAUUUGAUCAUUUUAUCAUCUCUCCUUUUUUUUUUUUUUUUUCAAUUUUUUACUAAAAAUGACAUGAUUAAACUCUUAUGAUCCUUACAGCCAAAAAAAUUUCUUAUGAUAUUAAUCAAGGUUCAAUUUCUCAUUUCAGUCCUUUUAGCUUUUUACCAAUAACAUUUCUUUCUUCUACAGUAUCAGGUCUAUUGUUUGCCUCAAUUUGCCCAGUUUCUCUGGUGGGCUUGAUCCAUGGGGAAAACCAUACAGGAAGAAGUAUCGAGAUGUUAGUUCUUAUUUCUCCCUUCUGUUAUCUGCUACUAGCUGUGAACUGAAUGUAGAGCCUCUAUCUGAAAUUGCAGUUAGAUUUAUUGUGAUUUCUCCCAACUUUGGCUUGCAGAUGGGCUUUACUAAUCCAUUUGUAGAUGAUGGCCUAAUUGAGAUUGUUGGAUUUAGAGAUGCCUGGCAGGGGCUUCUUUUGCUCGCUCCAAAUGGACAUGGGACUCGUCUAGCACAGGCAAGGGGGAUCCGCUUUGAGUUCAGAAAAGGUGCUGCUGAUCACACAUUCAUGAGGAUGGAUGGAGAGCCAUGGAAACAACCCCUCCCUACAGAUGAAGACACAGUUGUUAUUGAAAUUUCUCACUUUGGUAAAGUGAGCAUGCUAGCCACCCCAUCUUGCCGAUCCAAGAGUGUGCUGGACCCAUCCUUACCACCCGGUACUCAAGAGGAAGAUGAAGAUUCUGAAGAAGACUCGCAUCUUGAAGACUCAGAAGAAAGAAGGAAGUUUGGUGCAGCUGAGACUUUCAAACUUCCUGACUGCAUUGAUAUAGCACACUUAAGUUAAGAAGUCUCUAAACAAGACGUUUCUGAAUUCUGCACCCAUUUUACGUUUCUGUGACUAGCACACAAAUCCUUUUUGCAUUACAUAUACUGCCACCACUGUGGUUCUAUUUUUUUAUUGGUUUUUGGCCCCACAGGAUGAUUUACUAGUUAGAAUGUACAGUCCAGCAAACAAUUUCUCUUAUUGGUGAAUACACCGACAUCCAUAUAGCUUUUUAACUGUAGAUUUCAGUUGAGUUUUAUGGAUAUUUCUAUGGAAGGUUCGGUAAGCCAUCUGGAGAGAUUGUAAGCAAAUUUUAUUCAUAUUAAUGAGAACUUGAGCCAUUCAUUUUACUACUAAAAUUCCCUAGUCCCU